ACAACUGUCAGAGACACACAUACAAAAUGUUAUUGCUACAAACAGAUAAAGUUGAAAUGACCCACAUAACAAUACUGAAAUUACUGACCACAAUUGUCUUGGUCAGGUUAAAUAGAGUAAAUUGUGUGUUAUUUCCAAGAGGUGGAUCGUUUGGGUAUUUAGCAGCCGUGGCCAUGCCUUUGGAUUUACCAAAUCGCAAUGUAUAUAUGGCUUUCAAUUUUGAAUCUAAUUAUGGCUUGCCCUCCAAUGACUCCUAUAAUGAAUGGAUUGAUAGAUGGAACAUUGAUGAAGAAUUUGUGGGCAUUGGCAAUGAUGUGACCCCUAUUAAUAAUCGCAAAAAGCGUUCUGAUUUCUUGCCUCAUUAUGAUCGUCGCUCAUUCUACCGCUCAUUUACGGGCUAUUUGAACCAUUUUCAAAUGAAUGGCACUGCCUGUCUGCUGAGAACAAUUUGUGAAGUUUCGGCUUCUAGCCUCCAUGAAAACAACGGUGUCUUGGGCAGCAUUUUCAAGAUUUUAUUCAUGUAAUUAUAAGAAUUUUUAUUUUUGCUUUC